CGCGCGCACACAGUGAGCUCGAGCUGAGGGGGAGCGGAGUGGAGUGGGAAAGAAAGCGCGGUCGGUUGGACGGCUGGUUGGGUUUUAGCUCAGAGUGCGGAGCCGCUGAGUGGAGGAGGCGGCAGCGGCGGAGGAACAGAGAAACUCGGCGUGGCGGAGAAACGGAGAGACCCGCGGGCAGAAGUUGUGUGAGUGAUGCGGUGUCCCCCCUCACCCUCCCCUCCCCCUCGGUCCCCUCAGCCCUGCGUGGAGAUUUGGCAGCGAGCCGGAGAGGGAGCCCUCACCCACAGACCCUCCUCUCAGGAGCGGAGCAGGAGGCAACUUUCAAACGGCAACUUCUUCUCAGCGACAGCGAGGAGCUCCGGGAGGAGGUGGACGGUACGCGCGGAGUAACGUUAGCAGCUGGCGGGGAAGGCGGCGGUUUCACUCACUCGUGGACUGUUAAGGCUGUCUUUCAUUCUGUUUUUGUUGUGUUUUUUUGCUCCUUCCUUCUGUGAGGAUAUUUUGCUCGGAGCGCUGGGUCUCCAGAAACCCACGCGGCUUUCACCCACUCUGUUCCCGCGGUGGAGCAACUUCAGCCCGGCGUGGCGCUGAGUUUGGGACGCGCUCGGUUGAACUGGCUACUGGCUUGUUAAAGCUACUACUUCACUUCAGUUCACCCGCAGAAAAAUAGACGGACAUGUGGAGUAGGAAUAGGUAGUUAAUUAACCAAAUAAGCUACCUAAGUAAAGAAGGACGGAGCGAGGAAAGAAAAAGAAGGGAAGGAGAAAAGAAUGGAGUGAGGAAGGAGUGUGGUUCGCUGGAGCGCUUUAACGUUAUCUAAGCUAACUAACUCUCUACCUACCGAGCUCUAAGAGAAUGGAUGAACGGGGCUCCUCAGAGCGGCCAGCUUUAUCAGCCUUCUCGUCUCAAGGCUGAAGAAAGUUUUCAGAAGUGAUUAUUUUUGUUGUUUUACUGGAGAAUGGAUUUCAGAGGGCUGCUCCUGGACUCAAGGCAGCUGGCUAAUGAGAUGAGAUGUUCUUAAAGGACCUGCUUUCUUUCAUUGACUGGAUUUUAUCAUUAUUAUAAACCUAAUUUAGAUAGUGGGCAUGGGAGCCCUCUCUCUGUGUGAAGUUGGUCAAAGCCUGUGGUGAGUCGCCUAUGAGGUCUGAAUGAAUGUAAACAGCUCCAGCUGUACUCUGUAUGUCACUAGCUAAGCUAGUUAGAUCACUAGCUUACUCUUCUAUAGCUUCAGCCUCGGCUUCCUUCAUCCACACACCUGAAUGUGAUGUUAGCCAUCAAAUACAAUAGCUAGCGCUUCAUUCAUAACAACAGAAGAAGCAGAGACUACAGACAGAACUAUUGUAACAACAAAAAUAAUAUAAUAUAAUAAUAUUGACAUUUUCUAAAGGAUCACACAUACAAAAACGUUUCUGUUUUUUAUUUUUGUUUUUGUCUCCAAAUAUUUGUUUCAUAUUUGGAGUUUAUUUGAUCCCCUCUCAAGGCAACUCUCUCUCUCUCGCCUUUGAACACAAUGGACAAAAACUGCAUUGCCUAUCAAAUGGAGUUGACACUUUUGAUGGUUGCCCUCCUGUUUUGGGUCACGGUUUGGGCGGACGACAGCAAGAUCAUUUCAGACAGAUAUGCUGUAUACUGGAACAGCACGAAUCCCAGGUUUGUACACGGGGAGUACACAGUGGAGGUCGCCAUCAACGACUACCUGGACAUCUACUGCCCACACUACGAGGUGCCACUGCCACAGGAACGCAUGGAGCGCUACGUCCUUUACAUGGUCAGCUAUGACAGCUACAUCACCUGCAACCACCUCAUCAAGGGCUUCAAACGCUGGGAGUGCAAUCGGCCUCUGAGCCCCAACGGGCCGCUCAAGUUCUCGGAGAAGUUCCAGCUCUUCACGCCAUUUUCCCUGGGCUUCGAGUUCCGCCCGGGCCACGAGUACUACUACAUCUCCUCCCCACAUCCAAACCUUGCUGGGAAGCCUUGCUUGAAGUUAAGAGUGUAUGUCAAGCCCACAAACGACUCUGUGUACGAGUCUCCAGAGCCGUUUCUGACGGACGACACCAACGACGGCCGUUCGCUGGCCCCCUGUGUCUCUCUGCUCCUGGUUAUGCUCCUGCUGAUGCUCAGCCCCUCCUAGCACAGCAGCCCACCCAGCGCAGCUCCAAACCCAGCCUAGCCUGAAGCUCACCGCCGCAGGACCCCCAACCCCCCCCCCCCCCCCCCAAUACAGCGCCAGCUAGCCACCUACAGCUAUUACCACCACACCACCAAGUCCAUCUCUACACCGUCUGACCACCAUCACCACUGAACUCCCAUCUCCACCUCCACAGAACACACUUCAUCAUAAGGGUCAGCCUACGAGAAAAGACGAUAUUGCAACCCUUUGCUUUCCCAUCAUGCACCGAUGUGUUUAACCCCUAUCAUCCUCCUCUGAGAUUUCAGAGUGAUUUCUGCUUGUUUCACACGUCUCUGAGCUCUUCUAUCAGUGUGUUCUGAAUACACGCCAGCUGUCUGAACCGCUGCUGUUCAUUCUGUAGUUUGGUACAUGUUCACAUUUACUUUUUUCUCAAGACAAACUGUUUGUUUUUAUUUUUUUCUGUUUUCGUUUUUAAAGUAGUGUGAGAGAAUGUGUGUUUUUGCAAGGUAAGCAUUUUUUCUGCCUUUCACUAAGAAAUCCCCGACGCCAUUUCUGGAAAAAUAAAAAAAAUCCAUUAGUCUUUCAGAGUAGAAAAUACUCUUUUUCUGUGAAUCUGCCAAAGACACUAGUUUAACUUUUAUAUAGGGAAGGGGAGCGGAAAGCUUUGGCUUUGGUUCAAGAUCACACGCAGCCAACAGGGCUUUGCCGGCACGGGAGGGGAAAUGCGUCAUGAAACGAAAGUGUAGAAUUUUUUUAUUACAAUUUUUUUGUCAUACAAAUAAAAAGAAAAAGAAUGUUGAGUAGAUUCAAAAAAAAAAAAAAAAGUUACAAAUGGCCUUUUUUCACUGGUGCUCAAUCUGCAAACGAAUCUGUCUGUCACAAAGCUACAGUGCCAAGUGGAAGGGGGGCAUGCUGUGUUUGGUGAAGUGUGUAUUUUGUGUAUUUCAGGUCUUUUCUCUCGUCUCAAGACCUUUCUCUCUUUCUCUAGAUCUCUCGCUUUCUCUUUCUAUUAGUCUCUUUUUCUGUCCAUUUCUUAAAUGUGGUGUUUUUUCUAUGUGACAAGCAGCUCCACAUAGAUCUCCUACAACUGCACUAAGCCCCCCACUCCCAGCCCACCCCACAGAAAUUAUUAUUUUUUUUUUUCUUUUAAUUUUGCUAAAGAUGUGAGCAACAGGCCUGGAGAGCAAAGGCCACUGGACUCCGAACAAGCUGGUCACUGUGAAACUGGAUGACCAAGGCUUUUUAUUUUUAUUAUUUUGUCGCUUUGAAACGACUCCACUAUGAGAGAGAAAAGAGCGCAAGCGGAUGCCUCAAAACUCUAAUUGUGUGGGGGGUUAUGGGGUUACGAAUUCAAGUAGCACUAUCGCUUCAAUGGACGCUUUCAUUAUGGAAAACAAGAAGAAGAGAAAAAAUAAAAGGCGGGAUUAUGCGUGUGGUUGAAUUAUUGUGACUGUACAAAAAAAAUGUUAUUAAAAAAAAAAUGAUUUCGGGGAGAGCCGACGUCAAAAAUCGGAAAGAUUGAAAAAUGAAUGACGUCUUUUUGUUAGUUGGAACUUUUAUAUUUUACUUUAUUCCAUGUUAUUUUUUACUUUAAUUUUCAAAAAAAAAUAAAUAAAAAAAGCAGUGGACAUUAUUCAUAUGUGAUAUGAAAUUAUAAUGUAGACCCUCAAUUUACUAGAGCAAUGAUGGUACGAGUUCUGCAGUUGAACAAGUCUAGAGAAGUCAAGAUGUUUGCUAUUGUUGUUGUUUCCUGCUUGUAUCACAUUCUGGUACUUGUAGUCCUGUAAUGAUUUUUCCUCCUCAUUUCCAGUACAAAAACCUUUCAUGGUGUUCUUAUCAGAUCAUUUUUAUUUGGUAAUCAUGUGGAGAAAACUAUUUGCGUUCCUGUUCAAUGUUCCAAUGUUUCGGAAGAGGAAAGCUACAGGAAAAAAUGAAAAUAAAGCUUUUUUUGUGUAUCGCAGAA